GACAGCGGACACACACAGGACCUGCCAUCAUCUGUUGGGACAUAUGCCUGGGUCACACCAGCCCCAGACUGUCAAGGGAGGACCCAAGCGUGAGGACACAAGAAAGAUCGCUAUACAUACAGAUAGCCCAGACAACAACCUGAAGGACAACGUUUUCUCCUGGCUAGGAUACUCCCCAAACAUUCACUCUACGCAGCACCUCCGACAGCUGCAGCCCCUGAUGUCCGACCUGGAGGCAGAGGCAGGAGGGGGGCUUGAGGGGAGCCCGGCCCAGGGAGAGAAGCCCCCAGCUGGGCAGGCCUGGCGCAGGGCCAGGGGGCACAUCCUCCUGGGAGUGUCCUACUUCUCAGGAGACAUGGAGGCCUUCGGGGAGUGGAUGAAGAAUCAGUUCUUCCUGCUCCAGCUGUGUGACUGGGUGCUACGUGGGGCUGCCCAGGUGAUGUUUGUGAACAACCCUCUGAGCGGGGUGAUCAUCUUUGCGGGACUCGCCUUGCAGAACCCCUGGUGGGCUCUCAACGGCUUCACCGGGACUCUGUUCGCCACCAUCUCUGCUCUCAUCCUCAGACAGAACAGGGGGGCUAUCUCUGCAGGUCUGUAUGGAUAUAACGGGAUCCUGGUGGGCCUGCUGAUGGCUGUGUUCUCCAACGCAGGAAACUGGUACUGGUGGCUACUGCUGCCCAACAUCUUCAUGUCCAUGGCCUGUCCUAUUGUGUCUAGUGCCUUGGCUUCCAUAAACAGUCGCUGGGACCUGCCUGUGUUCACUCUGCCCUUCAACAUCCUGGUGUGCCUGCACAUGGUGGCCACCGGCCACUACAACCAUCACUUCCCCCAGGUGCUUAUCCAGCCUCGCUCCCAGCUGGCCAACAUCUCCUGGGAGCAGGUGGACGUGGCCAAGCUCUUCAGAUCGGUGCCUGUGGGGAUCGGUCAGGUGUACGGCUGCGAUAACCCCUGGACUGGAGGGCUCUUCAUCCUCUCCUUGGUCAUCUCCUCACCCAUCACCUGCGCUCACGCUGUCAUAGGGUCUGCCGUGGGCAUGGUCUCAGGUUUGGCCCUGGCGGCUCCGUUUGAGGACAUUUACUUCGGCCUGUGGGGGUACAACUGUGUCCUGGCCUGCAUCGCCAUCGGAGGCAUGUUCUACGGGCUCACCUGGCAGGUCCACCUGCUGGCCGUCACCUGUGCUUUCUUCUGCGCCUACCUGGGCUCGGCCAUCGCUAACAUCAUGUCCAGGUUCGGACUCCCAGCAUGCACCUGGCCUUUCUGUCUGUCGGCUCUGACCUUCCUGCUCCUCACCACGGAGUCGAGCAGCAUCUUCAAGCUGCCGCUGGCCAAUGUGACGUACCCCGAGAAGAACCUGGGCUUCUUCUGGAAGCUCCGCAAGACCGAGAGGAUGGAGAGGGAGGAGAAGGAGAGAGAGAAAGAGAGAGAGGAGAAGGAGAGAGAGAAAGAGGAGAAGCAGAGAGAAAAAGAGAGAGAGGAGAAGCAGAUAGAGAAA